UCCGAGCGAAAUCCGCUCUGCGAUGUUGGCGCCAUGACAACUGAGAGGGGCCGGCCCCAUGGCGACCACUACGGCAGAGACUGUCCGCGCGGACCGAGGACAGCGGGGCUGCACUCGCCGCUGCUCGUCUCCGGCGCCGCCGCGCGAGGACAAAAGCUCCACAACCUCGAGGCGCUCGCGGUCCACACCGGGCUGUAGAGGAAACAACCGAGCGCUCGGCGAUGUUGGCGCCAUGAUGCUCGAGGACCUGCUCGACAACAGGCUCGGGCGCGCUCGGAUGCAGGCUCGGGCCUGGCCCCCGGGCACGCGACGGCCGCCACGGCGCCAGAGCGCUGCCUCAGAGGCUCCCCCGCUGGGGGGGCGGCCGCGGCAGCGGCGGCAGCCCAUGGGCCCGAGCCCGCGAGAGCAGCGCGGUCGCCCCUCGAUGGAGCUGGGGCGCGGGGGGGGGCGGUAGGGUAGGACCCGCUCCCAUGAUUUGCUACCGAAUGAAUCUCGGGAGAGGCAAUCCAGCGAGAAGCAGUCGUUU